AUGGCAGAUUCUGUUGGAGGGAAGGAAAGACCUAGAUGUGGUUUGAGAGAAGGAGCUAGUUCUUCCAGAAUAGCUGAUGAGUGUUCUGAAUCUACACCUCGAGAAGAAACUAUUCCCCAUUCUAUGAACAAGGAAAAGAAGAAGAAAAGAGGUAAAACAACAUUGCAAGUUAUUCCAACGGGAGAAAAAUAUCGCAAGAAAAUUGAGUGGAAUGAAUCUGGCCAACCUGUUGGUGAAGUCUCAGUGAGGUUUAGUACAACCCUUGGGGUUAUAGUAAGGGAGUGUGUGCCAAUAAACAUAGAGUCAUGGGACCAAGUGACACCUUCUAUCAAAAAUCGAGCUUGGACUCUCCUGAUGCAAAAAUUCAUAGUGGAAGAUUGUCACAAGAAUUUUAUCUUGCGCAUGAUGGAUAAGCUUUGGAGAAACUGGAAAUCUGAACUAUCAGUGCAAAUAAGAAGAAUUUUAGAAAGUAGGUCAGAUGUAGCACGUCAUAUGGUUCUACUCAAGCCUAGUGAUGCAGCACAGGAAGAAUGGGAUGCAUUUGUGGCAGAACGCAUGUCAGAUAAGUGGAAAAAAACUAAUAAUCCAGGUAAAACUUUAACAAGGCCUGAAUUAUGGAUAAUCGGACAUGAGCCAAAGAAAGCAAAAAUGAAUGAUGUUGUAGCUGCUGCAAUUGAAAAUAUCAAGGAAAAAAUGGCAGAAGCUCCAGCUUCUGAGAAUCCCAUUUCUAUUAAAGAGGAUGCAUUGACUCAAGUUCUUGGUAAGGAGCACCCUGGUCGUGUUAGAGGCCUUGGAUUUGGGGUUACACCUUCGUAG